AUGGAUGACUACGCAAACUCGUAUGACCAGGCAGGGAAAUGGUGUCGGCAACAAGUGAUAAAGAAACCCAUGGUUGCACUUUUCUACGAUGUUAAGCUGUUUCACAAGGCGUUAAAGGAAACUUCCAAGGCGUUGAACUUCCCUUUACAGUCGCUCCAAUCUCUGAUAAGAACGACUCAUCUUAAAGUUUUGAAACUCGCAACAACCACAGUAAAAAGCGAUAUCAGCUUUCAUUUGGAGCACUAUUGCAAUGGCGAUUCCAUUCUAAAAAUCGCAAAAUCAGCUGCGUUCCCUCCUUUCUUAAUGGCACGCCUGCUGGUUGACGAGUUGACUGUCUACAUGGGGCGAAAAGAGUUGGCCAAGAUUAUGCGUGAGCCUCGAUGUCUAACAAAAGACUUAAUACUGAAAAAGUUUCAGCAUUCUGAGAAUUUGAACAUCGCAAUGUUCAGAAGUAAUCAACCGCUGGAAACAAGAUUGUCACUGGAAGUUCAAGAAGCAGUAAGGUCAGACCCACUCUACGGCCCCGAUCACGACCGAGCUCGGCACAGCAUUGGAGUCGAGUAUGAAGUAGCGCUAGAGCGAGCACUGAAAAUUAUGGAUAUUCCAUUCGAGACAGAGUCACAACUCCGGGAAAAGGGGUCUGCGAGAACACCUGAUGUCUUGUUGAAGACACCGGUGGCUUUCAGAGACACCAGUGGCGAGUGGAAAGUGGUAUGUUGGAUUGACUCUAAGGCAAUGUUUGGAGACGUGGAAACGCAUGGAAGAACGGUUCUACCUCAAUGUGAAACCUAUAUUCAUCGAUUUGGCCCUGGCAUGAUUGUUUACUGGUUUGGCCAUGCUCCGAUCGAUCAACUUAACUGUGCGAAUGGCGAGAUUUCUGUUGCGGGGUGGUAUUUACCGGAAGCUUUGAUGAUGCCAACGGGAGAGAACGCCCUGUUAGAGCCCUGA